GAUCCGGAGAUUUCUGUACCGGAGCAGCAUGGGCCUAGAGUUUUUUGGUGCAGAAGGCGCAGUGAAACCUGAUCUCUAGUUAGCCCUUACAAUUUGAGGGCUGUGUGGACGAAAAUCAACAGGAUUCUGGCAAAUCCAGUUUUCACCCAGCCCCAGCGGAGACGGGGUGGAGCCGGAUGGAUGGAUGCAGAAGGCGGGGCUGGAAGGAAGGAGGGAGGGACGAUGGGCAGGCUGAAGUCUGGGCAUCAGACUUGCAAGGUCGCGUGUGGGCUGCGCCAGCGCGCCUUGGAAUCUCACCCUGUCCUGAGCCUGGAGACCUAAACCGAGGUAGAAAGUUUGGUUCCUCUGUAAUGGAGAGCAGGAUGGAUCAGGAUGAAGUUCAGAAACCGGAGCCUGGGAGAAAUACGGGAAACCAUAACGAUUCGAAUACGGAUUUCCAAGUCACCUACACCCACGAAGAGGUUGCGUUUUUUCAUUUACAUCAAACACAUCAUUUUGAUGAGUUUGAAUACCCUUCAGAUCAAUACUGCAAGCAAGAUCUCUUCCCCAAAUGGCACUUGCCACUGAAGAUAGCAUCUAUAGCCUCAUUGCUAAUAUUUAUCUAUACUUUUCUGAGAGAUGUUGUCCACCCUUUUGUCACUACUAAUGAAAACACUUUCUAUAAAAUUCCAAUCCUGGUCAUAAACAAAGUUUUACCAGUGGUUUCAAUCACUCUUCUUGCACUGGUUUAUUUACCAGGGAUAUUAGCUGCAGGUUUCCAGCUCCACUAUGGGACCAAGUACAAACGAUUUCCACAGUGGUUGAAUGGGUGGAUGUUAUCAAGAAAGCAACUCGGCCUUCUCAGUUUUUUCUUUGCCUCAAUGCAUGCGUGCUAUAGCUUGUGCUACCCAAUGAGGAGAUCUUACAGAUACAAGCUGUUGAACUGGGCGUACCAACAGGUCAAGCAAAAAAAGGAAAAUGCCUGGAUUGAACAUGAUGUCUGGAGAAUGGAGAUUUAUGUGUCUCUAGGGAUUCUGGGACUAGCUCUGCUGGCCAUACUGGCAGUAACAUCAAUUCCAUCUGUCAGCCAUUCUUUGACCUGGAGAGAGUUCCACUGUAUUCAGAACAGGAUCAAGGUACGUUGGCAGGGCAGCGGAGAUGCAUUUGUACUGCCACAUCCUAAAUCAAACCAUUAAGGCCAGAUCCUUGGGACCAAGCCAACUUGCAUUCAGUAUAGGAGACAAGGUAGGGGGAAAGGCCACCUUUCUGCUCCACUAAUCCAGGGGCUGGCCACUGACAGUGAUGGUCACUUUGGGAUCAUUCUAUUGGCCAAGUAUCAUUGACAUAAAAGGCAUUUCAGAAAUAACUUGGCCCAUUCCUACUGGCCCAGACAUGCCCUGAUGUGCCUGAGCAGCACAAAGCUGAUGGAAGGGAGGGCAAGGAUCAGGUUCUUACCAUAAACAUAGGCUUUCACUCUCCCUCUCCAGCACAAAAUUCAAAGCAAAGGAACCUAGUUGAAAAAGUAAGGGGUCAAAUUCUGCCCAUAGGUACACCCAGUCAAUCCUACAUAUGUACCAAUCUCAGCAUCCACAUGUGCUUGCUUCAGCCACCUAGGCGUCAGUUUGAGGAGCUGGAGUUCUCCUCUAACUUACAUUAGUGUUAAUUUUAAAAGACUCCCCUGAAGUCAGUGUAAAACUAGUUUAGAAGAGUGGUUGAAUCAGGCCCUGAGUACCUAAACAUGAAAGUUUGAUGACCUAUUAAGCACUUUGCAUUAGGUCAUCAAUGAGUAUCUCCUGACAGUGCUGUGAUGGGGGAUCAUAUAUACUGUAACUUGAGAUGAAGUCAGUUGUGGUGAACAUUCUCAGAUAUAUAGAGAGUAGCUGGGGGAAGGUAGUGAAGAGGGGCCUCUACCUCACAAUUUUGGCUAUUCAUAUUAAAGUACUGUUAUCCCUUUUUGACCCAACCAGUAAGCCAAGAUUCAGGAUCUAGAGGGUUGUUUCUGUAGAGGAGAAAUCAGAUACUACAGUGUUUCUCUGAUACAACUCUGUUAAUUUCCAAAGAAUGUACAUAAAGUCCUGUUUCCCUGAACACAGCAGGAAUCAAAUAGCAGGAGACAGUUUCGUUUUUCUCAGUUCCAGGCAGCACUUAGCCCCAAAGCUCUCUCAAGGACGCAUUCCCAGACAGUGCUGGUUCUGGCUGUGCCCUUGGCCUUCUACUGCUUGUGUCUCAGCUUCUGUGGUGUUUUUUCUUCCCUCCUGCUUUUAUCACAGACACACACAUCUCCACUAAAACAAUAUCCAGUGGAAACCUCUUCACCUGUGUGGCUCUGUUUCUGACCUGUCUUGCAUCCGCCUUUGUUUUGAGUGAUGCUCGUAGUGUUUCAACGUCUCAGUUCUCUAGAGGAGCUCAAUAGCUUCUCAUGCUGUCCUAAAUGAAAGGGCAGCAAUUAUGCCCACCUUCUUCUUCAACUAGGCGUCACCCAGCCCAUACCAGCAGCAAGGUAAAGAAGUCCAUCUAACCAGAAGAAUAACACUAAUAUGCUAGAUUAGUUUUGUAAACAAAUAAUUUAUCAAUCUGAUUAUGUGAAGGGAUAUCUAGAACAUGAAAGUGCAGUGUAUGAUUUCCCAGUGAUUACUAUGAAAAGUUACAUUUAAAAAAAAACAAUUUUUGUUUCCUCGGUGUUGCUGCUAGUACUUUUUUCUCUUCGGGCCUGAUCCUGAAUUCCCUGAGCAUCCUAAAUCAACUCCCACUGACAUCACUGGAUUUAUUUCUGCACUGAGCUCUUCUACAGUUAUUAAAUUGGGGUGUUUUUUUUUUCAUAGCAUGGAACAUCAGAAGUUCUUGAUUGUAAUAAUUCGCUUUGCAAGAAAUUUUAAAAAAAAAUCUUACUUUGUACUUAUAGAAAUAAGAGGUGGGAAAGACUUAACAAAACAUCAAGUCACAUCCAUGCUCCUGCUAACGCAGGAUACAAAUGGCAUGUGGGGAAACUAAGCUGAUAUCAAGAAUGAACCUAUGUCUUCUGAGGAAAGUAUGAUUUGUAUGUAGCACCAUAGACCACCCAUCUCUCUUGACAUCUCAUUUAUACUUCUGCUCUAGGGAAAAGUUGCAAAAAUGUGCCCAAACUUUCUCCCAUUAAAGUCGAGGAGAAUUUUGCCACUACUUUGAUGGGUUUAGGAUUGAGUUACUGAAUUAAUGGUCUUUUGAUCUGAUCUAAAGCCCAGUGACUUUUGUGGGUUAUGCAUCAAGCCCUUAGUGCUUACAACAUCUGCCUAAUAAUAAAGUACAUUUUUUACUGUUAUUGGGAAAAAAAAUAAACUUGUGUUCUUUUCUCU